AGCCCAGUCACCUGUAUGGAGAGCUCCGAUUUAGAUCGCAGCCCCAGGCCGGACAGCGUCGGCAGCGAGAUGGAGGCCCUGCCGGUGGAAGAGAGCGUGGAGAGCAUGAAGAUAUGCGAGGAGCUGGGCCGGGAGCCUUUCGGUUAUGUCGGUAUCGACUCGGUGCUGGACCAGAUGAAGCGCAAGGCUAUGAAGCACGGAUUCGAGUUCAACAUCAUGGUGGUGGGUCAGAGCGGUUUGGGGAAAUCCACAUUGGUGAAUACUCUCUUCAAAUCAAAAGUCAUUCGUAAGGCUCCGGGUGCCAGUAUCCCCAAAACACUGGAAUUGAAAGCCAUCAGCCAAGUGAUCGAGGAACGAGGUGUGGAGAUGAGGCUCACCGUCAUUGACACGCCAGGAUUUGGGGAUCAGAUCAACAACCAGAACUGCUGGGACCCGAUCAUCAAAUACAUCCAUGAACAGUACGAGAAGUACCUGAGAGAGGAGAUUCUGGUGAACCGGAAGCGUCGUAUUCCCGACUCCCGCAUCCACAGCUGUAUCUACUUCAUCCCCCCGACGGGUCACUGGCUGAGACCGCUGGACCUCGAGUUCAUGAAACGCCUGGGCCGCAUUGUAAACGUUGUACCGGUCAUUGCCAAAGCCGACACACUCACGCUGGAGGAGAGAGAAGAGUUUAAGAAGAGGAUAAGAAAGGACCUGCAGGCUCAUGGCAUCAGCGUGUACCCACAGCCAGAGCUGGAUGAAGACACAGCAGAGGCGCUACUCAAUGACAAAAUUCGGGAGAAAAUCCCAUUCGCCGUGGUAGGUACCGAUGAGGAACAUCAGGUCAACGGCAAGAGGGUCCUGGGGCGGAAAACCAAGUGGGGCAUCAUCGAAGUUGAGAACUCGUCGCACUGUGAGUUUGCUGAUCUGAGGGAUUUGCUUAUCAGAUCCAACCUGCAAGACCUGAAAGACAUAACCCACAACAUACACUACGAGACCUACCGCAUCAGCCGACUGAAUGAAAAGGUGAAAGGCGUCACAGCACAGUUGAAAGACGUGUCCAGUUUAUGAGUCAUUGUCGCCGACAUCUGGAACAAUGUGCCUGUACCACGGACUGAGAAAAUCACUGCCAAUCUAUGACACAGACUCUCUAACUCUUCCGGGGUGGUAAAUGCGCCAAAAGUACAAAGCUGGCCAAGGCGUGCAACUCCUUCCAUGUCUAUCUGUGAGACACACCAACUGCUUGCCUAUCUAAGACCCAUCAAUUC